CAGAAGGCUAAAGCGCCUUCACCACCUCCUGAAGAAACAACUAAAAGUUCUCCGUCCAGUCCCGAAAAGGAGGAAGAGGAAGAGAAAGAGAAAAGCCCUGAACGCGAAGAACCAAUGGAGGAAACCAAAGUAGAGGAGAAGAAAAUGGAGAAACAAAAACCACUUGAACCCGAGCAGCUUGAGGAUAAGUUGUCGGAAGAUGUUGAUGAAAGUAGUCAGCCAUCACAGGAUAGCGUAGAAACGAAGGAAAAUGAGUCUGAGCAACAGAAAUCUACCGAAGAGCAGAAAGAAGAAAAAGUUGAGGAAGAUAUGUCCAGAGCAUCACCUGCUUCGAAACAUCCUGAAGAGAAUGGAGCUAACGCAGCUGGUGACCAUCUGGAGGAAUUGGACUACGGAGAAGCUGAAGUGGAAGCUGAAGCUGAGGCAGAUGAUAAGGAAACAAAGGACGAGGUACUUGAACUUGAUGAGUCAGAAGAACGUGAAGCACGACGACAUAAAAGACAUAUUGAGGUAACAAAAGAGUCUGAAGCAGAACACAAAGAGGAAAAGAAGCGGAAAAUAUCUCCGUCAAGAAUCCCUGAUGACAGCGUUUCCAGACAUCCCGAAUCAGAUAUAGUCCACAUUCGUGGUUUGACACGUCCAUUCACAGAUCGUGCGCUAAAAGCAGAAAUAUUGAAAACUGGUGGACAAAUUGUAGAUUUUUGGAUUGAUAGCGUUAAAAGUCACUGUAUUGUU